UAUGGCUGCGUGCAGAAGGAAAUGUUGAAUUUAACAUUUGAGCAAUAACUUCAAUAAAAGGCCACGAGAAAACGAAGAUAUGAGGCUUCUUGUUAGAUUUGUCAAGCAAGCACAAAGAAGCGCACAGGUCAGAGCUAUAUAUCAUUCUAAUUUCUCCACAUUAUCUGACCUGUCAGGACCGCUGAGAGACAGCUCGAAAGGUGAAACUAGUAGUGCAUGGUUAUGCGGCUCUUCUCCUCACAUUGUAGAGAGCGUGCGUGAGUUUGUUGAAGUUCAGGUAGACUUCAUCAGCGAGCAAGAGGAGCAAGCGUUACUGAGAGAAUUGGAGCCGGGGCUUAAAAAGAAGAGAUACGAGUUUGAUCACUGGGAUGAUGCCAUCCAUGGUUUCCGUGAAACCGAACGUGUCCAGUGGGGUGCUGCCUGUGAGGCUGUCAUUCGUCGGCUACGAGCGCAUGCAUUCCCACAGGAUAGCCAGCUGCUUGGCCCUGUGCACGUCCUAGACCUGGAUAAGGCCGGAUUCAUCAAACCCCACAUCGAUAGCGUCAAGUUUUGUGGCACUACAAUUGCGGGUAUCAGCCUUCUCUCUGCCAGCGUCAUGCGACUAGUGCGCGAAGAGGUGAAAACUGACUGGGUAGAUCUGUUGCUGCCUCAACGGUCUCUUUACGUUCUCAGGGCGGAGGCCAGGUACAAGUUCACACACGAAAUCCUGAAGGAUGAAGAGUCCUUUUUCGACGGACGGCGAGUCGCUCGUCAUCGACGCAUUUCUGUCAUUUGUCGGAAUCUUCCAGAAUGAAAUAAGUCUUGGCGGCCAGCGUGCAUUAAUUAAGUUGCUCAAACAACUGAGUGUUAAAUUAUUUUCUAGAUCGAAUUGAAAUAUCUUUAUAGCCUACAUUUAAGAGGACCGUCCUCUUAAGACAUUUGAAAUGUAGCCUAUCAAGGUUAUUAUGAUUGCUUAGCACUUAUAAAGUUAAAAGCUGUCAGCCCCCCCACCCACUUUAGACAUUUGUCAACCAUUUAUCAUCCAAUGUAUGUACAUAUUAAGUAGUAAAGAAAGCUAUAAUAUGAAA